AUGGAUGCACACGCGAACCGUCGAGAGGACCCCGAGGAGCGACGACGAGAGCAGUUGCGAAACACUGCUAAGCACUCUACUCGGAGGACUAUUCCGGAGAUUCGCAUUCCUGAACGCAUUCGGGACAUGGAUGCACACGCGAUCCGUCGAGAAAGGCCCGAGGAGCGACGACGAGAGCAGUUGCGAAACACUGCUAAGCACUCUACUCGGACGACUAUUCCGGAGUUUCGAAUUCCUGAACGCAUUCGGGACAUGGAUGCACACGCGACCCGUCGAGAGGACCCCGAGGAGAGGCGACGAGAGCAGGUGCAAAAUACUGCUGAGCAUGCCUCCCGGAGGACGAAUCCGACAUUUCGAAUUUCAGAGCGGACGGGACGCCGCAGCGCGAGCUGCUCAUCGCGAGGACUCAGAGGAACGAGCCAGAGAACAGGAAAGGAGCAUCGACAGCGACGAAGGGAUUCUGAGGAAAGACAGCGAGAACGGGAGAGGGACGCCCAUAGCAAGAACACAGGAGCAACGGAUAAACACGACAACAGCGGAGGAUUCGGGAAGAACAAAUUCGGCAAAUGGCAGAGGAUCGACUGUUAA